GAAUCCCCAUUUGGGAGUCGUCGCGUCCGUCUCUUCAGCUUCACAACAUUUGAUUAUGCCAUCUAAUAGUAUGCUAGAUAUUGAAUUCAAUCAUGAAUAUUUACUUCCGAUUCUGCACUGCAAUACAGCCUUAUUUUCAUUAGACACAAAACGAAAGUAGGCCUAGAUGGUUCGCCUAGAUGACGUCAUCAAAUGUUGUGUAGCUGAAGUGACAGACGCGACGAAGUGACAAGAUUUGAUUUGACGAAGUGCAUGUCAUCAUCCAGAGUCCGGUCUGAUUUACAUUGCACAUACUUAUAACAACAUGAAACAUGACAUUUCUGCUGGACGUCGUUAGUAAUAUUGACGCCUCUGUAUUCAUCGAACAUAUAUACCCAAAGAGGCGACCAGUGAUCCUGCGAGGUGUGGAUAUUGGUCAAUGUGUGGACAAAUGGAGGUCGGUGAAUUAUCUGACCACCAAAGGAGGUGGGAUGCCUGUUAAAAUCCAUGUAUCUGCCACUCCACAGAUGGAUUUUAUCAAUAAAAACUUCACUUACAAAUCUCUCCCAUUUGACAAAUUUGUGCAGAGAGCAUCAGAAGAUGAGCACGAGGAAUUUUUUGAGACAAAAACUGAGAGUUACUACUUGCGAGCACUGGGAGAUGACCCAAGGAAGGACAAAGCUGACAUCCAUCAACAAUUUCCUCAACUGGCAGAUGACAUCCAGUUCCCAAAAUUUUUCCCUCCAGACAAAUUCUUUUCCAGUGUGUUUCGGAUAGCAUCGAAGGGUACACAACUAUGGACCCAUUAUGAUGUGAUGGACAAUCUACUAAUCCAGGUUGUGGGACGGAAACGUGUUAUUCUAUAUAGCCCAGCAGAUGUUGACAAGAUGUACCUGAAUGGUGACAAGUCUGAAGUGUUAGACGUUGAUAAUCCAGACCCGGAGAGGUUUCCUAAGUUUCUGGAAGCGCACAGACAUGAAGGAAUUCUGGAACCUGGAGAUAUUCUCUUCAUUCCUGCACUGUGGUUCCACAAUGUAAUAUACAAAGACUAUGGCGUUGCUGUCAAUGUGUUCUGGAAGCACUUGAACGAUUCUCAGUACGAUCACCGAGAUAUCUACGGUAACAAGGACCACGUCCCAUUUUCAAGAGCACAACAAAUUCUGGACAGAGCAUUAAAGACUUUGGAAGAAUUGCCAGAGGAAUACCAAAGUUUCUACGGACAUCGCCUCAUCUCGAGAAUCGAGAGGAAAGUGCUGCAGAAAGGCAAACCACCUUGAUGAAAAUAAAGAGAUUUUAAGAAAAAUA